CGCGGCUCCCCGCGCCCCCCGCGCCCCGCGCGCCCCUCGCCGGAGCCGCCUCGCCGAGGCCGGCGGGACCCCAGGCGGCCCGCGGCCGCGCCCGAGCCCGGGGCGCUCCCGGAUGCGGCAGGACAAGCUGAGCGGCUCCCUGAGGCGCGGAGGGAGAUGCCUGAAGCGGCAGGGCGGCGGCGGCGGCGGCGGCGGCGUGGGCACCAUCCUCAGCAAUGUGCUCAAGAAGCGCAGCUGCAUUUCCCGGACCGCGCCCCGGCUGCUCUGCACCCUGGAGCCGGGAGUUGACACAAAGUUGAAGUUCACUCUUGAGCCAUCUUUAGGUCAAAAUGGUUUUCAGCAGUGGUAUGAUGCUCUCAAGGCAGUUGCCAGGCUAUCAACAGGAAUACCAAAGGAAUGGAGGAGAAAGGUUUGGUUGACCUUGGCAGAUCAUUAUUUGCACAGUAUAGCUAUUGACUGGGACAAAACCAUGCGCUUCACUUUCAAUGAAAGGAGUAAUCCUGAUGAUGACUCGAUGGGAAUUCAAAUAGUCAAGGAUCUUCACCGCACGGGCUGCAGUUCUUACUGUGGCCAGGAGGCUGAGCAGGACAGGGUUGUGUUAAAACGGGUCCUGUUGGCCUACGCCCGGUGGAAUAAGAAUGUUGGGUACUGCCAAGGCUUUAACAUCUUGGCUGCUCUAAUUCUGGAAGUAGUGGAAGGCAAUGAAGGGGAUGCACUGAAAAUCAUGAUUUACCUUAUUGAUAAGGUACUUCCUGAAAGCUAUUUUGUUAAUAAUCUCCGGGCUUUGUCUGUGGAUAUGGCUGUCUUCAGAGAUCUCUUGAGACUGAAGCUCCCUGAAUUAUCUCAGCACCUGGAUACUCUUCAGAGAACUGCAAACAAGGAAAGUGGAGGUGGAUACGAGCCCCCACUUACGAACGUCUUCACGAUGCAGUGGUUUCUGACUCUCUUUGCCACCUGCCUCCCUAACCAUACAGUCUUAAAGAUCUGGGAUUCAGUCUUCUUUGAAGGUUCGGAAAUCAUCUUAAGAGUGUCGCUGGCCAUCUGGGCAAAAUUGGGAGAGCAGAUAGAAUGCUGUGAGACAGCAGAUGAAUUCUACAGCACCAUGGGGCGCCUUACCCAGGAGAUGCUAGAGAAUGACCUUCUGGAAAGCCAUGAACUCAUGCAGACUGUUUAUUCUAUGGCUCCAUUCCCUUUCCCACAAUUGGCAGAGUUGAGGGAAAAAUACACCUACAAUAUUACACCAUUCCCAGCCACAGUUAAACCCACCUCACUUUCUGGACGACAUGGUAGGGUCAGAGACAGUGAUGAGGAGAAUGACCCAGACGAUGAAGACGCUAUCGCUAAUGCAGUGGGGUGUCUUGGACCUUUCAGUGGGCUCCUGGCACCUGAACUGCAGAAGUACCAAAAGCAAGUUAAAGAACCGAAUGAAGAGCAGAGCCUACGGGCUAAUAACAUCGCGGAGCUGAGUCCAGGAGCAAUCAAUUCCUGCCGAAGUGAAUACCACGCAGCUUUUAACAGCAUGAUGAUGGAACGCAUGACCACGGAUAUCAAUGCACUAAAGCGGCAGUAUUCUCGGAUUAAGAAGAAGCAGCAGCAGCAGGUGCAUCAGGUGUAUAUCAGGGCAGGCUCUACAGAAGAAAAAGACCAUGGGUUCCUUUCAGACAAAGGGCCAGUGACCAGCAUUCUCCCGUCUCAGGUAAACAACUCUCCAGUCAUCAACCACCUUCUUCUAGGAAAGAAGAUGAAAAUGUCCAACAGGCCUGCCAAGAACGCGGUCAUCCACAUCCCCGGUCACACGGGAGGCAAGACAUCUCCUGUCCCCUAUGAAGACCUCAAGACAAAGCUCAAUUCGCCCUGGCGGACCCACAUCCGAGUCCACAAAAAGAACAUGACGAGGACCAAGAGUCAGCUGGGCUGCGGGGACACCGUUGGGCUGAUAGAGGAGCAGAGCGAGGGUGGCAAGACGAGCGGCCCGGGGGCAGCAGAGGGUCCGUCCAGUUGUGCAGCCACAGCUGGAGGAGGAGACGGCAGCUGCUCUGAAGGCAGCGCCGGGAGGACGAUUGAAGGACAGUCUCCGGAGCCACCCUUUGGGGAGGCCGACGCCGACGUGUCUGCGGUCCAGGUGAAGUUAGAGGCCUUGGAGCUGAAGCAGAGGGAUGCUGCUGCCGACCCUGAGCCCAAGGCACGCCCGCCCUGCCCGCAGCACUUCCCAGAGCCCGAUGCCCCUGGUGAGCACAAAGCCGCCAGCAGACCCGCCCAGGGCGGCCACCCGAAAGCGCCCCUCUUUAGCCCUUUCCCCAGCGUCAAACCACUGCGCAAGUCAGCCACUGCCAGGAAUUUGGGGUUAUAUGGUCCUACGGAAAGAACCCCAACCGUGCACUUUCCCCACAUGAGCAGGAGCUUCAGCAAGUCUGGUGGCGGCAACAGCAGCACUAAGAAACGGUGACGGGCCUCAAGCUCCACGUAGAUGCACCUUCUCCUGGCGGUGGAGGGGUUCCAGCUGAAUGGCUCCGAGACAGUCGUAGCUGUCCAAUGGAAACGAGUAGAUCGGUUCAGAGAUGAACACCAAUCCGUAAACAUGGGAAAUGGGCCUUUCCUAAGGGGAGCCAGAACGGGGUGUGUUUUCCCCACCCACCCAUAACUGAUCCAGCAAAUUCUUGUGGCCAGAAUAAAUACCGUAGUUUUAAAGUGUGAAGUUUUCCCAAUUUUUCAUUGUGAGUUGUUUAGACAACCGUGUCUCUAGGCUAUCGACCCCUCCUCCUCCUCCUUCCCAUUCUGAGAACCUUCGCGGUCCCUGGGACACCGCUCCCCCAAACCUUCUGGUUCUCUGGGUGUUAACCGAUCCUCAAGCAUGCACACACUAGCUUGCUAGAACAGAAACUGUGAAAAGGAAGUAAGUGUCUUAGUUGCAAAAACAAAAAACUUCCCAGUUUUCCUCUUCCUGCCCCACUGGGGGAAUGUUUGUGUGUGUGAGUUUGUCUUUUAAUAGUUCCCUUCAGCCAGUUUUAAGAUUUUUUUUUUUAAUUCUUAUGCUGAAGUGCAAGAGAAAAAUAUAGAUAGCCUUUCUUUGUAUUUCUACCUGCAAAAUGAAGAAAACCUCUAUCUGUUGAAAUUUAGGUUGGCCCACCAACUUGAAGAUCUUAUGCAGAGAACACACACUGGAUAUGCAUUAAACAAUCGCCCUGAGCAGCUUGCUGAUUCCACUAAGCUUUUCCCAAGGUUCAUUCUCUCCUCUUCAGAAGAGUCAUGGUCCUCCGUGGUAGGAUGACUUGGUGGCUUCUCCACGGAGCUGGUCCACGCGGCUCAUUUACCCACCAGCUCUUCACGGCAGAUGCGGCGAGGCCUCUGCUGCUCAAAAGCCAGAACACAGCACCUGCCACUCUGUUACUUGAAUUUUGUGCUUCUUUGAUUGGAGUACUUUGUGGAGUACUUUGUUACUUGAACACUGCCUUUCUUUGGAGAAGGCGUUAGUGCUUUUUAGCUCUCUCUUACCCACCUCUCCCCCGGUCCCAGCGGGUCAGAGACAGUACCUGUUCUUUCCACUAUGCAGAUGGGAGCUCUGAGUCACAACGGAGGUGAAGCAGCACUUCAGACACUCAAGGUAAAUACUCCUGGUUGUUCAGCGUGACUUAAGUCACGUGUCCCCCGGUACAAUAGGCGGAUUGAAUGCUCUUUGUGCACAGAUGCAUUGGCUACAUAGGUUCUAAAAACCAAGCCCGGAAAGCCAUUCACUACGCUCCCUCCAGACUCAGAGGACCUUUCUCCAGAUGUCAUAGAGGCCUGUGAUGGCAUUUCACAAAACCAGCUCUAACCUUUCGACCCAAAAAGGUAGUGCAUUUUAAAGAUGCUUUGUGCAGCUGUCAUUUGUUUGAACAAAGUCUCACUCCUCAGUCCCCUUCUCUUACUAUCAUUGGAAGCAUAGACUCAGCGUCUUUAUCCUCAUCUCUGAAAGACCUUGGCCACGCUUGCAGGCAUAUUGUUGAUGCAGUCGAUGCGAAUUUGAGCUAAUUGGAUUGCCAAUCCUGAAACCAAAGCUAUAAUUUUAGAGAGGGCUUUUACUACGAGAGGUAUUAAUUUUUAUAAUGGAGAAUGUGGUUGUGUGGGCUCUUUUGAACAGAAAACACAAGAAUGACAUACAGUGAGAAAAGCCAUUUAAUCCCUUCUGUGGUAUUUAUACCCCCAAAGGAACUGAAGAUGGAAAAUAUGACUAAAAAGUCAUUGCGGUUUCGGUCUGGAAUUCUGUGCCAUCUGAAGUUAGCAUGCCGCUGCUUAAAAAGCAGCCGUGCCCACCACCCCUGUCUUGGGAAGGGCGUAGGUGGAAUGUUGGGCUUGCUUUGCAUUCCACCCCCAGGGAAUGGGACCCUCUGCUGAGUUUCCAAAGUUAAGCACAUGACAUGAUUUUCUUCCAUCUGCUAAAACUUUACAGAUAACAAUGAUGCCACCUUCUAUUCUUUCCUCCUCCCCCGUCCACGUGAGUCAGAAUAGAUUCAUCCCUUUGGGGGUUGCCCGCCUCGAAUAGACUAUUGUUCCUUCUUCUCUUGAGUCAGCUCUCUGCUCCCCCAAGGAUCUGGGUUCAGGGAGAUGGGGAGGGGGGUGGAGGCCCCUUGCCACCGUCCUUAGGAUGGUGCUGUUGCUGUCUGCGGGGUGUCUUAGCCUCAGCAGCACGUGUCCCCUCCGCCCCAUUCCCUGGGGUUGGUCUUUCUGGAGGAGGGAUAAAGGAGAUGGCACAUGCUUUGGAGUAAGUAUGGAUCCCAAAUGAAAGAAUGAGGAAAUGAAAGGAUGCUAGCUCUUUGGGGGGGCACCAUGGCCUUGUCAGGAUUUUAAAAACCGACGGAUUUCCGUCAAAGCACUCUCUGUACCAAUAACGUGCAUGCAUCCUACCAUGUAAUCGCAGCGUGAAUCGGUUAAUUUUGGAGCCUUGCCUACUUUAGAAAACGGGGACGUGUGCAGUAGCUGCUAGCACGCAGCAUGUGCGAAGACCAGCCUGGACUCAUCAUCCUCGCCAUGCCCUGGACACUGGGUGCAAGCACCAGAAGCACUUGCCAGUGGCCGUUUCUUUAUUUUUAGCCCUGUCCCUGGUCGGGCCUUGUGCACGGAGUGGACUCCGACGCUUCUGCACCUCCUGCACCUCCAUCCUCUUACAAAAGCCUCCAGAUGAUUUACACCUAGUUGGUAAUGCUGACCUCUGGGCUGUCACUGUUUGAAACCAUGUAUUCCUUUUUUUCCGGGUCUCUAUUGUUGUUCCGAUGAAUUGUACUGAUUACAGACCUGUGCAUAAAGAUUCUCAUUGUUGUA